AUGUGGGGAAUCUCUAUCCUACCGCUCGCCUUGGCUUUGCCAUGCGCCAAUGCCAUCACACUUCAUAGACGGGACGAUCCUGCAGUCUUUCAACUGCCGAUCGCCCGCAGUGAUCGACCUCAAACAUUGCAAAAACGUAGCUCCAAAGUCGUGAGCACGGCCUUGUACAAUGAGCAAAACAUGUAUUAUAUGGUGAACAUCACCAUCGGUACUCCGCCUCAGAAUCUCUCGCUCAGUCUCGAUAUUGGCAGUAGUGAUAUCUGGGUUAAUAUCCCCAACUCCACCUACUGCGCAGGAAAUGAUGAUCCUUGCUCCUCGACCGGCUUAUUUAAUUCAAAAGACUCGUCUACCUUCAACAUGCUAGACUAUGAGAUGAACGCUACCUAUGUCGGUGGCUUCUUGGCUGCAGGCCACUAUGCUACCGACACACUGGUGAUUGGCGACUCCAAGCUGAAGGAUAUGGAAUUUGCAGUGGCGGAAGAAAGCUACAAUCCCCAUGGCAUUCUGGGAAUUGGCUAUUCGGCAAGUACUUAUGCGGCCAGUGCUCUUGACAAGAAAUACAACAAUCUUCCGGUGGCGCUGGUGAAAAGCGGUGCUAUCAAAUCGACUGCCUACAGUCUGUGGUUGAAUAAGUUUGACGGCACUGGAAAUAUUCUUUUCGGCGGCGUUAACAAAGCCAAAUAUGAAGGCGAGCUUCAAACGGUGCCUGUUUUGCCUGUAUCUGACGGCUACUAUUCUCUGGCAAUUGCCCUGACCGAAAUUUAUGUGAAGGGCACCAAAGACACCUUGACUGAUACAAUAGGCCUUCCUCUGGCCGUCACUUUGGACAAUGGAAGCGCUUUUAUAGUAUUGCCCAAAGAUGUCGUGGAUCCUAUCUACAAGGCAGUCGGCGCCGCUUAUUCCUCGAGCGACAGCGCCGCCUAUAUCCCUUGUGAUAUGUACACGGCAGAUUACAACUUUACUUUUAGCUUCUCCGGCGCCAAGGUCACAGUUCCUAUUAGCGACCUGAUUUUCGAACACGGUACCGAAGCCGGUUUCCCUAAGGACACCUGUAUCUUCGGAAUCGCCUAUGGUGAACCGGGUGUGAGUCUUAUGGGUGACACGUUCUUGCGGGGCGCCUAUGUGGUCUACGAUCUCGCCAAUAACGAGAUUUCGCUCGCAAAUGCCAACUAUGACGGAGGCGAUGAUGAUAUUCUCGAGAUUGGCACUGGAACAGAUUCGGUGCCCGGUGCAACACUGAUGCCUUCUCCAGUCACAUCAGCCACCGGUAAUGGAGCUAGUGCAACCACUGCCCCCUCGGGAUCCUCGGGAUCCGAUGCCUCUGGUAACACUGUAUAUGUCAGCGGCACGAGCACUGUCACUGGAACUGCUAAUGGUGGCAGCGCGUCUAGUACCUCCUCUAAGGGAAUGGCAGCAUUGCCUACCAGCAAGUCAAACCAUCUUCUGCCCGGCAUCCUCGGUGCCGGUUUGCUGCUUGCCCUGUAG